AAAAGAAAAAAAAAAGCCACGAUAAUAAUUUUAUCUGGUAAAGUACUUGUUUGAACAACCGCCUUUUUUGUUAUUCUUUUCAACCUUUUCAACCUUUUAAAUGAGUCAAGCGCCGUUAGCAGAAAUCUACCGCUCAGUAUCUGGAAUUAUUGUACGUCGUUUACCCCUGAAAGAAACGGGUCUAAGUGGACUAGGCUUCAAAGAUACCCGACGUAAACCCACCGAGAAACUUUAUUUGUUGGUAAAAAAACCGCGCAAGAAUCACGCUUGGCAGUUUCCUCAAGGCGGACAGGAAAAGAACGAAACAGCCGCUGAAGCAGCGUUACGUGAAUUAAGAGAAGAAUGUGGGUCAGACCUCAAGGUCAACCUUGUGGAUAAUUCGGCUAUCGGUGUAUACCAAUACAAAUUUCCUGCAAAGUUUGUUGCCAGUCGUAAGCGUAAAGAUGGGUCGAUUGGAGCCAAGGUGUCUUUUUUCAGAGCUGACUGGAUUUCGGGACAAUGUCAACCGGAUGGCGAAGAAAUCAUUGAUUUUGCAUGGUUAACUCAACAGGAAUUAACAGAGUAUAUCGAUGAUGAAUACAAGGAAGCCAUCAAGCCAUUUUUAUUAUAAUAAUUUAUGUUGCCCCUUUUCAGAUCGAUUUUCUCCCGUCAUUUUGGCAGUUUUGGCUCCAAAUUGAAUAGCUCUUUUCCAAUUACGACUUGCGUUGAUCAAACCUAGUCUUCUAGCCACAUGUCGUAAUAAAAUCUUUUCUCCAAUACCUCGAUUAUAUCGUAAAUCCAUCUUUAAUUCGAUGGGUUGUCUGCAUAACCAGUUUACAACAUCCGUGCUUAAGAAUGGAAACCUCACUUCUUUUCCAUGAUCUGACAUGAUACGAUCAUCCCGCCCCAAGUUUCGAUUGGAUAUUCUGUCCACAUCUAAUUGUGUCUAAAUUGAUUUGAUUACUAUCAAAUCCUUAUUUCUAGAACAAAAUAAGCCU